AUGUUCUCCUCUUUACUUUGGAUAAUUGUUUGUAACCCUCUAUUGCAUGGAGGUGUUGUGGCUUUGACUAAUGGUGCUAGGACUUUGACUAAGGAGAUACAAUAUAUAUUUUGGUUCUCUGCUGUAAUCCAAGCCGUGUGUUUCCCAUUUAUGGGUAGAAAUAUUGUAACAAGUUGUGUGAGGGGUUCUUCAGAAUUUUGGUGUAACGUAGAUGUGUUUAUGUUUAUCCUCGCACUUUUUGUGCUAACUGGUAGUAUAUACACUGCUAUUAACAAAGUGGGUAUUACAAACAAGAUGAUAAGAAAGAAGAUAACUGAAUUUAGGUUGAAAACCAUGGCUGGUGUGUCCCCAGUAAAUCAGGUGAUUAUUUUGAUUACAAUAAUUGUGGCACUUGGUCUCAUUCCCCUUAUUAGUGAUAUGUAG